AUGGCAGACAUCGCCUCCGAGUUGGCGGAAGGAGUCGCCGGUCCAUCGUACAGCACUGCAUCCAUGCGGCCCAUCACCCUCCCCUCAACACCUCAUACCCCACCCCCAUUCGGACCCACCUCUCUCUAUGCGCAGACCUCUCAAGCGCGCAACUGGCGCUUCUCCCUCCCUACCCUAUCUUCCAUUCGCUCCAAUGCUAAUUCCACCGCUCGGGAGCGUCUGACCGCCCUCUGGGCGGCCGAGUCCUCUUCCACCCCCGCACCGCCUUUUUUGACUGUGGAAGAGGAGCAGUCCCUCAUCGCAUACUACCUGGUCAAGAUCUCGGCCAUCACCCAUGCCCUACGUCUACCCGAACUCGUCGAAGCCACCGCCACCACCUACGUCAAGCGCUUCUACCUUCGCAACACCGUCAUGGAUUUCCAUCCCAAGUCUCUCGUCAUAACGUGCAUCUUCUUGGCGAGUAAGACGGAGAACUACCCACUGAAUCUGGGGGAGUUUGCGAGAAAGCUCGCCGGCAAGCAGGCAAGCGAUAAAGCUGUGGUCGAGGAGAAUCGACGGACGGUAUUGGGAUUGGAGUUCUUGGUGAGUCAGAGUUUGGGUUUUGAAUAUGGCGUGAGGGGGGCUCAUCGGUCGCUGUAUGGGUUGUUGUUGGAUGUUCAGGAUGUGGGGGUGGGGAGGGAGGAGGUGAGGGAGCUGGCGGAGGGAGCGAGGGGAAAGUUGGGGACGGCGAGAUUGACCGACGCCGAAUUUGUGUAUACGCCCAGUCAGAUCGCGCUUGCGUGCGUGCGGGCCACGGGCGAGCGCGGAAGGGAAGUGGUAGGGUUGUGGCUCGAUCAGAAGACGCAGCUUGCCCGAAAAGCCGCCCUGGAGGGAAAGAAGAAGCGACAAGCGGUGAGGGAGGCGGAGGUGGUACGAGCAACUAAGGUCAAACAGGCACUCGCGCGGAGGUCGAAAGCCAAACUGGGAGCCAAAACGCAGGUGGAAGAGACGCCGACACCGAUCGACCCGGCAACGGUUGAGUUCGACGACGCACUGCUCGAGGCGCAGCCGCUGGGAAUGACGCGGGAAGAACUGGAGCGCGUGCUCGACGAGAUCGAGGCCAUGAUCACCGAGCGCGAGACGGGCGGUUACACGGGCCAGGGCAAGGGCGCCGAGGAUCUAGAGCGGAUCAAGGCCAUCGAUGCGAGACAAAAGGCGUGUAUGAACCCCGAGAAUACGCCUGGGUCGAGGUUGUACAGGAAGAGACAGGCCGAGGGCGAGGAUGGCGAGGAGGGGAAUGGGAAGAGGGCCAGAAAGGAUGGGGUCGAUUCCGACGACGACGACGUCCCGCAGGCGGACGGGUUCAGUGUCAAGCCCGAGCCGAAAGUUUAG